GGGAUGGAGCUCCCACUGCGCCCCGAGGAUAGACGGUAUGGAGAGGAACUGCCAGAGUCAGGCCCUCCCAGGGAUGUAAAAAGUUGACGGGUGGCAUAGAAGAUCCUGAAGGAGAAUGGAGAGAGGUGUGUCUUUCUGUGGCUGGAAAGCUGUUAAAGACCGCAGUAAAUCUCUGUCCGAGAACCAGGAACCGAAGUCAGGCCGUGUAUAUACAAUGUUCCACGGCACACAUUUGACAAACGCCAAAACCAUCAUUGAUAAAGGAUUUGAACGCUCUAAAGAUGGAAUGCUGGGCCCCGGGGUUUAUGUCAGUCGUAACAUUGAGAAAGCCAAAUGUUACCCGCUUAAUACUGACAAGAAGGACAAAGUCGUUUUCAAACUGAGGGUGCGUGUGGGGAAAGUGAAGCAAAUAGACGGUGACAAUCAUCCUCUCCAGAAAUCGUGGCACAGCAACGGGUACGACUGCGCAUGGGUUCCACCAAACAGCAACAUCUCCACCAUCAAGUCUGGUCGCGAGGAGGACUGCGUGUGGGACCCCAAGCGCAUCAGCGUGGUUGACGUGGCGUGCUGUGUGGAUGACGUUAAACGCAGGGAGCUUCGACGGAUGAUUCGCAAAAAGACGAAAACCGAAGGCUGCGAUCUGUGCCAUCUCGACGCUUCUGAUGGCCAUGAUGUUCAGCCGUGCUGGGAGUGCCAGGAAGACAUCUGCCCUUUUCAGGAAAAACACGUGUGUAAAGGUGGUAAAGGCAGAAGGUUUAGAGAAAGAGACACAAUGUAACUCUCACCCUGUAUCUUUCAGAUUAUGAACAUGAAAGGGUCCCCAGACCUCCGUGUUUCUGACAUCUGUGUUAAGGUGUAUAUUUUUGUAGUCUAUUUAAUUUAUUUAGACUAAAUGCUACUUGUGUCAUUUAUCUAUCUGUUGUUUGUAAUCGUGUUAACAGAUGUAAGUUGCAAGUUUCAUUAUCAAUUCAAAUUGUUAUUGUUUCACAUUAUGUAAUUAGG